GGAUAAAGAAUGAGACUGCCUUGUCCUGCGGUCGGGGCUCAACCUGUGAAUAAGGAAAUGCAGUACUCUUUAAUUUGCAUUCCGAGUGUAAAUUGUUGGAUGAAUGCAAUAUCUGCGGUCAUGGCUCAACCACUUAAAGAUUUUCAAUGAAAGAUCGAGAUUUGUUUACUUGUAAUUCAACCAUUGCAAUCUUCGAGGAUCCGAGCCCUGGAGAUUUGCAGAGUGCCCGUUAUAAUCUGGUAGUGAAGGAGCCACGGCAACUGGGGCAUGAGGAAAGAUUUCUAGAAAGAUGACAUCACGAAGUUUCCAUGGAUUAUCCAAAGAAAGGCAUAUCCACCUGUUUUGUUCCUAAAUGACAUCAGGUGCCUGGCGUAUUGCGGCGCAUGCUUCGGCCACCCGAUCAAGUGUCUAGUGCAUUGAAGUGCAUGCUCCGUGCCACGCAUCGAAUCAAGCAACAUCCUCUUGAGGAAAACGGUUGUCUAGAUCCAAUGUAUUAUUGGCAUGGUAGGCUUCAGGUCGGUCCAUGUCAUUAACCAUACGUCGCAUUGCAUAUAAAAUGGGAUUGGCUGGUUUGUGUAUAUGAGGUUUGACUAUUUUCUCUCACAUGGAACUUGACAAGAUCGAAGCGCUAAUUUGGGUGGAUAUCAGACAAGUAGAAUUCUUCUUGGUCUCGCGCUCACCUAGGCCCGGUUUUCUUUGAAGACGACUCGAUGUUUUCUUUUCUUAAUCAAGAGUGGGUUAUGUGAGUACUUUCAGGCUCGGUACAUUAGCUUCUCCUCGUCGAGGUCUGCUCAUUGAUCAGGUCUACCGAUGAAAUGCUAGUCAAAUCUUAUCCUGUGCAAUCUAUACAAGCAAAAAGAAAGAGGACCUUACCCUUGCAUUUGCAAGGCCCAUCUAAAUGCUGACAUGAGAAAAUUCAAAAGCCCAAUCGAAAAGCCCACGAUAAAAGAUGGCGGGAAAGAGAGAGAGAGAGAGAGAGAGAGAGAGCUAAAACUAAAAGCGGACCGGAACCAGCUCCUCCAUCUCUCUCGCUCUCUCGCUCUCGCUGGAGAAGCUCGAAAAUGGCGGAAUCCGAGGAGAAGAAGGCGUGCUGGAGGAAGGAAGCGGACGAGAAGCUGAACCGCCUCCACUCCCUCCUCUUCGGCGCCGACCUCGCGCUGGACCGCCGCGACUUCUCCGCCGCCCAGAUCCUCUCGCUCCGCCUCCUCGGCUUCCUCGACUCCCAGACUCAAACCGACGUCGACGCCGCCCUCGUCCGCCCUAUCCGCCGCGAGGCCUCCGCGAAGCUCGACGCCGCUCGCCGGGCCCUCACUCCCGACUCCGAUCGCCGAGCAUUUCAAUUGGCAGACAGAGCUCCUGGUACUGUUUUUGGCAUGAAGGGUGGCAUUGACAUGGAGAAAUUAAAGCAGUCAGCAUACUUUCGUGCUCUUCUUCAGCAUUCCAAUGGAGAUUCAAAGCAAAUGGAUGACCAGUCAGAUAGGAAGGACAAGUUAGAUAAGACAGCCAAAAAUCUGAAACAAGCAAAGUUGGCAUCUUUGUAUGGAAGCAACCUUAAUAGACAAAGCACCAGACCCUGCAAGAAUUCUCUGAGUUCCAGGAGCAAUAACUCUGAGGAUUGUGUUAUUUUAGAUAAAACCCAUCCUAUUUGCAGCCAUCCCAAGAGUACUAUUCUCUCACCAUUUCCAAAGGCCGAAGAAGAGAGAUCUCAUGGUAAUGCUUUAGGGGCAAAGCGUGUUCACAUGGAAAUAGGUAGCCCUGGCAAUGAUAUUGGGAAGUCGCCAUCUAAUGAUGAAGAAUCUAAUGGUCAUGUGGCAGGCAAUGGAUUUGUGACUGCAAGAGCCAAAUUGGAAAUGGAGGCAAGGCAAAAGCAUGGUUUGGCAGGAUCACCUAGUGCUUCUCUGUCUCCCCAAAGUGAUUCCACUGGUAGGGGCUAUGGAGGGAGAUCGUACGGUUCCUUAAGGCGCGGUGUCCGGGGUAAUUUUAUUCCCCCCAUCAGAUCCAAUGGAAAUAGCAUGGGAAAUGUGACUUCACGAGUUGCAGGAAAGUCUGAUGAUGGAGUAGAUGACUCCACGAAGAGAUGUUUGGAAAUGCUCUGUGGUCCUGAUGGAGAGCUUCCAGAAAAAUUGAGGAACUUAGAACCCCGUCUCAUUGAACAUGUUAGUAAUGAGAUUAUGGAUCGGGAUCCUAAUGUUCGCUGGGACGAUAUAGCGGGACUGGAGCAUGCUAAAAAGUGUGUGACAGAAAUGGUCAUAUGGCCUUUAUUGCGUCCUGACAUUUUUAAAGGCUGUCGUUCUCCAGGAAGAGGUCUUCUUCUGUUUGGUCCUCCGGGCACAGGGAAAACAAUGAUUGGCAAAGCUAUAGCUGGAGAGGCAAAAGCAACUUUCUUUUACAUAUCUGCCAGUUCAUUAACAAGCAAAUGGAUUGGUGAAGGUGAAAAACUGGUACGUGCGCUUUUUGGAGUUGCACAUUGUCGCCAGCCUGCUGUAAUAUUUGUUGAUGAAAUAGAUUCUCUUCUUUCUCAGCGGAAGUCUGAAGGGGAGCAUGAAUCAAGCAGACGCCUCAAGACGCAGUUCCUCAUUGAAAUGGAAGGCUUUGAUAGCGGCAGUGAGCAAAUUCUUCUAAUAGGAGCAACAAACAGACCUCAAGAACUUGAUGAAGCAGCACGGAGGCGACUGACCAAAAGACUCUAUAUACCCCUCCCUUCAUCAGAAGCAAGGGCUUGGAUUGUACGUAAUUUACUAAACAAGGAUGGUCUCUUCAAGCUUUCGAGUGAGGAUAUCAAUAUCAUAUGCAACUUGACAAAGGGGUAUUCAGGAUCGGACAUGAAGAAUUUGGUAAAAGAUGCAUCUAUGGGUCCCCUGAGAGAGGCCCUGAGACAGGGAAUAGAAAUCACGAAGCUGAGAAAGGAGGAUAUGCGUCCAGUAACUCUUCAGGACUUUGAGGACGCACUGCAAGAGGUUAGGCCCUCAGUUUCUACGAACGAACUUGGCAUCUAUGAGGAAUGGAACAAGCAAUUCGGGAGCCUAUCGCUUUAGAAGUCGUUCCUGUGAAUGUUGUGAGUGCAGAACGAUAGUGAAGCUUGUAAUUAUACAAGUGACUUCAUCCAUCCAUCACUCAAUGGAGAACUCAAUGGAAGAUAAGGUCAGUGAUUCCCUUCUUUAGUGGUAACAUGUAUUAUCUUUUCCACAAGCGUGCAUAGCUAAAGUCCAGACAAAGAAUGCUUGGCAAAAAGGGAAAAGAAAAACAUGGGUCAAGAAAGCACAGUUUGGUGAAAAGUCAUUACGGCA